AUGCCGAUAGAAUACGUUCGCGUUGUUUUGAUUUGACACAUGACACAUUGCAUUGGCCCCGUUUUAACGCGCAUUUAUGUUCGCGGUUCUCGUGCAGUUGCGUGCAGUUGCGCUUCAACCAACAUGGCGAACGUGCGGGACAGCGAUACCUCACUCUGGCUACAUAACAAACUCGGAACUUCCAACGAUUCUUGGACUGGAGGUUCGAUAUGCGGUCAAUUAAACGCUGAGGUUUUACGAAACAUCAAGGACUGCUUUCCUGACCUUCAAACGCAAGUUAAACUAAAAUUGCUACUUAGUUUCUUCCACAUACCUCGUAGAAACAUCGAGGAGUGGCGAGUUGAGUUGGAUCAAAUUAUAGAUGUUGCUAUUGGUGAUUCGGAAUUAUGGGUUUCUAUGCUUGCCGAGUCUUUAAAAACUUUCCCAGCUACAGGAUCUUUAAACACCGAAUUAACCGAUGUUGAUGAAGUUCGACCCAUAUUCACCGAUUUAGUUAAUGAAUUAAGGAAAUUGGUUAAAAAGCAAGCUGAUCAUGUUAUGCUACCGAUGGAAUGUCAUUAUUUAAAUAAACCGGCGUUAGUUUCCGUUGUUGGUCAACAGCCUGCUCCUAUAAAGCAUUUUACUAUAAAAAAGAAACCAAAAUCGGCAAUUUUACGCAGCGACUUAUUACAAAAAUCUCACGAUGUUGCUUCUAACCUUAAAAAAGCUUCUGCGCCAGUUAUACCUGUUAGGUCGCGAGGGAUGCCACGAAAAAUGACCGAUACCACUCCAUUGAAAGGUAUCCCAAGUCGAGUUCCAACAUCUGGUUUUAGAUCUAACGCUUUAACAAACACCUUAACGAAUCGACCACCACUUUCAAGACCUGCAGCAGGUCGUAAGGAAGGUGGUGUUAAGUUACUGGAUAUUUCAGAUCAACCACUCGGAUUUAUGGCUGCUAAAAAAAGAAAGAAGAUGCAAGAAAUGGAAGAGAAAAAGGCUGUGGAAACCACAGGUCUUCAAAAUUCACCUCCACCUGCAGUUCCCGCACCGGAUUAUGCAGCUGGAUUAGCAUCCGCUACAACUUAUGCCCCACCAACACCGCAACCCGCCGUUUCAAGAACACCCACAUCUCCAUCUACAGCAACAGUCUCAACCACAGUAAUUUCCCAAACUACACAACAACCAUCAUCGGUUGUCGCAGCUCCAGCUUCAAUCGUAACGGUUAUUCAAACAACAACGACAGCUCCUCAAUACAUAACAACAUCCAUCAUACGACCAGUACCGCCUUUAUUAACCACGACAAACGUUACUCAACGAACUGCGAUUGUUGCAGAACAACCAGCGACUGCCGUGCCUGUUGGAACACCUCUGGUGAUAUCAACGCGUCCCGUCCAACAUGUGACGCAGGUUAGAAUACAACCGCCAGCUGCUAACACAUCGUUACAACGACGCGGAUUAGCAUUGACUCGCGAACAAAUGUUGGAAGCGCAGGAAAUGUUUAGAGCGGCUAAUAAAGUGACGAGACCUGAGAAGGCCCUUAUUCUUGGAUUUAUGGCGGGAUCAAGAGAUAAUCCUUGCCCGCAUUUGGGUAAUAUAGUGACGAUAAAGUUAUCUGAGGAUCAGGAAAAUGUGCAACAACCCGAUGAUACUUAUUUGACGAUGAUGGUUGAGACACAUUUCCAAAUGAAUUAUAACAACGGCGAGUGGAAACGCAUUAGGAAAUACAGACAUAUUGAAAAAAGUGUCGAACCGAUACAACAGAAUGCGCAAGCCGCCGCACUCGUUUGAUAAAUGUAGAUCUCUUUUUGUUCGUUUCGAAUUAGAAAUUUUUUAAGUUUGAGAUAAGUUGAAAUGUACAAAUUUUUUUAAUAAGAGUUUA